CCGCCCAUUUCUGAUUGCAACGUUCACCCAUACUCUCUCUCUUCCCCGCCAUUAUAUAAUCUUCCAAGUAUGCAUAAACAAUUAAGAUACAGCAAUUCUUUUUCUCUCUCUCUCUCUCUCUCUCUACUUGGUUUCUGUACAUAUAUACAAACAAACACUCUAAGCAUUGAAUUUCUUUGGUGUUUUAAUCUGGGUGCUGUGAAAUUUACUUCGUGGUGAUCGAGGAAUUCAGAGAUUGAAGUGACCUGUGUAGUUGUACUUGAUUGUUGAGCAUUGAAGUUUCUUGGGUUUCUAAAGGAAUGAACUUUCUGCUAAAGAUUUAGAGGGCGCUGAAAUAUAGAAGAUGAUGAAUACGAGAGUCGGGACGAGGCUGCAGCCCAAGAAAGUUCCAGUGAAGCCUGAAAAAGGGAAGGUGGAGAAGAUACAGAGGAACAAGCAGAGAGACGCCACAAGAACAGCUAGAAAAAUUGGCCAAAGUUCAAGCAGAGAGAGAAAAAUAGCACUGCAGCAAGAUGUUGAUCAACUAAAGAAGAAGCUGAGGUAUGAAGAGAAUGUUCACAGAGCUUUGGAGCGAGCUUUUAACAGACCUUUGGGAGCUCUACCUCGCCUUCCUCCUUAUCUGCCUGCAGCUACGCUAGAGCUUCUGGCAGAAGUAGCAGUUUUGGAAGAGGAAGUUGUUCGGCUUGAAGAACAAGUGGUGCAUUUUAGGCAGGACUUGUAUCAAGAAGCUGUCUACAUUUCAAGCUCUAAGAAAAAUGUGGAAAGUUUUGCAGAUUUAUAUGACUUGUCCCCAAAUAAAAAUCCCAAGCCAGAACAUGCCAAGAUAAUAGCUCGAAAUUUCCUGGCAUCCACCAUAUCCACAAUCAGGCAUUUGCCCUCCUUUUCUGAUGAUGAACCAGGGAAAGAGAAUCAAUUGUGCACCAAUUCUAUGAAGCAGAACAAGAAUUCCUCAAUCCAUAAAGCUCAAACAAGCAGACCUCCAGAGAAAAGACCUCCCAUCGACGGCAAACCGGCUGAGAAGCAUUUAAAUCCUCAGAAAUUGCAGCUUGAAUGUAGAACAGCAGGCCAAGAAAAUGCAGAAGCAAGAAUUGGUACUGCAGACGAUCCAAACAAGAUUUCUGAGGACAUUUUGAAAUGCUUGUCAAGCAUUUUCUUACGAAUGAGCUCGACGAAAAGUAGGCGUACCUCUGAGAAUUUACCUUUCUUAUCAACAUUAGUUUCUCAAGAAAAUGUUGAAGAAACUGAAUAUCGAGAUCCAUAUGGUAUAUGUUCACAAUUUGGGAAGAGAGAUAUUGGUCCAUACAAGCAUUUAUUUGCUAUAGAAGCUGGCACAAUUAAUCCGAACCGAAAAUCGAACUCUUUAUUUCUACUUCAUAGGCUAAAACUUCUACUUGGGAAACUUGCCUCUAUCAACUUGCAGAAGCUCACCCAUCAGGAGAAAGUUGCUUUCUGGAUAAACAUUUACAACUCCUGCAUGAUGAAUGCAUUUCUAGAAUAUGGAAUACCAGAAAAUCCUGAGAUGAUUGUUGCACUAAUGCAAAAGGCAAAAAUAAAUGUUGGGGGACACUUGCUAAAUGCGAUAACUAUCGAACAUUUCAUUCUCAGACUACCUUAUCACUCGAAAUAUACCUCGUCGAAAUGUGCAAAAAAUGAUGAAAUGACAGUGAGGAGCAAAUUCGGGUUGGAGUUAUCCGAACCAUUAGUCACAUUUGCACUUUCGUGCGGAAGCUGGUCCUCACCAGCUGUGAGAGUGUACUCCGCAUCUCAAGUUGAAAAUGAACUAGACGUGGCGAAAAGAGAGUAUUUGCAGGCAGCAGUUGGAAUUUCAAGUAGAAAGUUUGCAAUCCCAAAGCUGUUGGAUUGGUAUUUACUUGAUUUCGCGAAGGACUUGGAAUCGUUGCUCGACUGGAUCUGCCUUCAAAUACCAAGUGAACUUGGGAAAGAAGCAAUCAAGUGCCUUGAGAGAGGUAAAGUUGAGCCUGAUUCUCAGUUUGUCCAAAUUAUGCCAUAUGAGUUCAGUUUUAGGUAUCUUCUGUACACAUAAUAUGAUAUAUUUCAUUGCCAUUGUUUUCAAAAAAAAAAAACAAAAAAUCCAAGAAAUUAGUCUGGGAGAGUUGAUGUCUGAAUUUUGUACAAAGCUAUAGGAUAAUAUCAAAGCUAAAUAUGUAUAAUUUGAUAUUGUUGUAAUUAUUUGUAAUAAAAAGAACAGCAGCAGCAGCAGCAGCAGAAGAUACUGAUGAUUUUAUCCCUUUUUCUAGAGAAUUUUCCUCCAUUUUCUCUCCAUAGUCAUACAAGUUGCAGGACAGUAGAAUUUAAGACUACAGUACUAGAAGAAGAUCUGCAAAUGAUCUUCACAUCUCAUUUGCAGUAGAAAGAGGAAACCUCUUAAAUUUAAAAAAGAAAAUAAAGGAAAAAAAAAACACAGACAUUU